AUGGCAGUUUUCUCUGGAGACUGGGUUCUUGCAUUUGGUGUACUUGGUAAUAUAAUCUCCUUCAUGGUCUAUCUUGCUCCAAUGCCAACAUUCUAUCAAAUUUAUAAGAAAAAGUCAAGUGAAGGAUUCCAAUCAGUUCCUUAUGUUGUUGCUCUAUUCAGUGCCAUGCUAUGGAUGUACUAUGCAUUUCUCAAGUCCGAUAAUACCACACUUCUUAUUACCAUAAAUUCUGUUGGAUGUUUCAUUGAAACUAUAUACAUUUUCUUUUAUCUCUUCUAUGCACCAAAGAAGGUACAAACUAUAAAGUUAAUUUUACUGCUGAUAGUUUGUGGGUUUGGUCUCAUCAUUCUCUCAAAUCAACUUCUGGUGAAAGCUUCGGAACGUGUCCACGUUGUUGGAUGGAUUUGUCUUGUAUUUUCAUUGUGUGUAUUUAUUGCCCCAUUAGGCAUUCUGAGACAAGUUAUACGAACAAAAAGCGUCGAAUACAUGCCAUUUCUUCUAUCAUUUUUUCUCACAAUAAGUGCUGUUAUGUGGUUCUUCUAUGGGUUGCUGCUCAAGGAUUAUAACAUUGCUAUUCCAAAUGUUCUAGGCUUCAGCUUUGGCGUUAUACAAAUGGUACUUUAUGUGAUAUACAAAAACGGAGAUAAGAGUGACAAGAAAAAGCUUCCUGAAAUACCGAAGAAAAUUAUAAUUUUGGAAGAACACAAAAUUCCAAAAUUAACUGAGCAAAUUAUUGACAUUGUGAAAAUCAGUGCACUGAUAAAUUCAGAGAAAAUUCCAGAGGUUUCACAGCCAAUUAAUGAUGGAAUCGAAGAAGCUCGUGAGCAUCAGAAUAUGCCAAAGGACAUUGAAGUUAAAAUGUAA